CCACGUGUACGUCCUCAGCAAGCGGAGCCGUGACUCGCACUUAAUUCAGGCUCAUUCGAUCUCUGCAUCCCAUAGCCGAGGAAAGAUCAAGUGCUCCUCCCUCCUGUUGCCGCAUCAAAAUUCUGCCGUCCAUUUAUUUGUGGAAGCUGUCUCCGUUCAUCGCUGCUGCUGAUUCGCGGGAACUUCAUCGUUAACUGGCGUCAGAAAACCCCCGAUCAUAUUUCGGGCGCCGCCGAGGGAAGCGAUCUUGGAAUUUUCAUUUUGAGCUUCCAGUGCUGGUCGUAGUUGAUUGCUCGCAAUUACUGAGAUUGAAUAUAUUUGUUUUCGACGAUUUUACACCCAUUUGAGAAGUUUUGUUUGAUUUUCAGAGUCCGUGUACACUACUUUGGGAACUGAGAGAAGUAUCGCCGAGAGUCGACCAGAAGGUCACACUGGACGCGGAAUACUUUUUCGCCUGCUAAAAUAUAACUAAAUGUCUCUCCAAAACAAGGGAUUUUGGAUGGUAAAGGGUGACGAAAAGGAAGCAUUUGAUCAUCCUUCCAAAAUUGAACCAAAGCGAUCUCGUCACUGGUUUGUUCAUUCUGCUGAAAUAGAUUCUUUACCAAGCAAGAAACAAUCUACGGAAGACACUAAUGGAAAAGGAUUGUCAAAUGCCUUUACAUCUUGGGAGAGCAAUUCUUCUUUUCAUCCCGUUCCAAUCCAAUUUAUUGGCCGAUCUUUUGGAUCUGAAACUAGGUCUGUCAAUUUCAGUGAAAAGAAAACUUUUGUUGUGGCUGAUGAUUUCAAUGCACGAACAAAAAUGAUUUAUGGGGAAGAUGCCUCCUUUGACUUGUCUAUAUCUCACUCUGUUCAAGAUUCUGGUACAUGUCUAGGUUUCAGUGGAAUUAAAAAAGUGAAAGUUGAUGGUGUUAAAGAUCGUGAUAACGCACAGGCUUCAGAGGGGCUUAAUUAUAGCGGACAGAAUGUCGGCAAUCUUCAUCAGGCUUAUAACAGAGAACCUGAGGCAAGAUCUGUGUCAAUGGGGCAAGCCUUUGAUAUGGAGGGUAGUGUCACAUUAAUGGGACUCACUUGCAAUAGAGAGGAAGCACGUGUUAGAUCAUUAGAUUGCCCUCCUUGCAGAGUAGAGGAGAAUGCCAUAUCUAUUAGUGAUUCCUCUAAUAAAGAUGACUCAAAUGUAAUUUCUUUUCGUGGGUUCCAAGAUGAAGAGGAUGUCAUCCCUGUGAAUAGGCCAGCUGGAGACUAUAAUCCAUUAUAUAAUCAAUCUUCAGUUGAAGUAUCAAUAGCAGCUGACAAAACAGAGAUGGAUGUUUCAAAUUCAAAUGCAGUUGUAAAUUAUUCUCAGGUGGCUAAACUUAAGCCCGAGUUUCUGUCCAAAAAUAGACCAGAGUACAAAGUAACAAGGAAAGAAGCUUCAAAUAGUUUCCCUUCUAACGUUAGAAACCUGAUUUCUACUGGUAUGCUAGAUGGAGUUCCUGUAAAGUACAUCUCAGUGGCACGGGAGGAACUCCGUGGAGUUAUUAAAGGUUUUGGCUAUCUUUGUGGUUGUCAGUCAUGUGAUUAUACCAAGGUUCUAAAUGCUCAUGAGUUUGAGACACAUGCUGGUUGCAAAACAAAACACCCAAACAAGCACAUUUACUUUGAGAACGGGAAGACCAUUUAUCAGAUAGUUCAGGAAUUGAAGAGUACCCCUGAAAGUUUGUUGGUUGAUACAAUUCAAACAGUUUUUGGUUCACAAAUUAAUCAGAAAGCAUUUCAAAGUUGGAAAGAAUCAUUUCAAGCAGCAACCCGUGAGCUUCAGCGCAUUUACGGAAAGGAAGUACUAAAUAUGUAAGCCACUAGCCUCUGGCAAAGUUAUCGAGGUUAGAAGUUACAGUUAUGGAUAGUAAGACAUGAAUCUCUAACAUUAUCUUAUUUCUGGCCUCCUGGAAUUGUGUAGUUUUGAUGGCGAGAUGCCUUUAGCUAUAUUUUGUACAAAUUAAUGAGAUAGGUGAUCAUAUAUUUCAAAUAUUUCCUACCUCUUCUUCAA